AUGGAACAGGAGCAAAAUGACGGUUUAAGUAUGAAGGGGUUGAUAGAAUCAUCUCUUGAGCAAGGGCAUUCGACUGUAAUACUAAAGGAGCUGGAUAAGGGGGUGGAAAUAAUAGAGCUGGAGAUGAUGCUUAAGUUGUGGGGGGGAGAAAAAUUGAUAGCAGAACAAAAAGUUCAGCUGCAGGAAGCCUUGACAGAUGUGUCAGACCUCUUGGACUACAUAACACCGGAUGCAGAUCAGAAAGCGCGGGAAGCACAGAAAAAGGCUCGUGCAAAGUUAAAGGGAAAACCAGGCCAAAACUGGGAAACAGCUUCAGAUGAAAAUCAGAAGGAUGAAGACAUGUCUAAAGGUUAUUCGAUUACAGAGACUACUAGUGAUAAAGAAAAUAAAUCUGAAUCGCAAAUUAAAGACAAUGGGAUUGAUAUAGUUGAGUCCAGUCACAUAGACCUAACCAUGCUCAAUGAAAGUAAUAACCUGGCACAGGAUGACAGCUCAGAUGAAGGAUGGCAGGAAGCUGUUCCAAAAGGUCGUUCACUCACUGGACGCAAGUCAUCUUCAUCUAGGAGGCCCACCCUAGCAAAACUAAACACUAACUUCAUGAAUGCUUCUCAGUCAAGAUAUCGAGGCAAGCCUACUAAUUUCUCAUCUCCAAGAACAAAUUUAAAUGAGACCGCUGUCGCCCCAUCCCCUUUGGUUCCAAAAAAGUUUGUUAAGAGUGCAAGCUUCAGUCCAAAGCUGAAUAGUGGUAAUGUCCCGGAUGGUGGAACGGAGAAGUUAGCAGACUCUAAGUCAGCUCCAGCCAGCCCUGCCCCAAGUGAUCAAAUUCCUAAACCAGCUCCUUCUAGCACUGGUGUUGGUGCUCAGUCAGCAGUUAAACUUUAUUCCUACAAAGAAGUAGCCUUAGCCCCGCCAGGGACAAUUGUGAAGGCCGUGGCUGAACAGCCACCAAAAGGAAAUCCUAUCCAACAAAAUUCUGAGGUGAGUGCCAUGAUAGUUGCAACAAAGGAGACAGGAAAUAUUGUGGCAACAAAUGAUGUGGAAGAUGGUGCUCAGAAAUCAAUUGAUGAGAAACAGCAAAACGAUGUCCAUGAAGAUCAAAAAGAAAGGGAAACCACUGUGGUGAACGAUAAUACAGAAACCGUAAAUAGAACGGCCGAAGACGGAGUUGCAGUUAAAAUCCAGGACGCUAGCAUUGUCUCCGGAAUACAGAAGGAAACUGAAGUUGGAAACAUCACAGUUGUCGAGGUUGAGAAUUCUGGUUGCUUUGAUAAUAUAAACAACAGUGCCUCUAAAUGUGAAUCAGAGAUACAAGUGCAAGAAAGUUGUCAAGCAACUUCCCAGAAUUUAAAUCCCCUAACCAUUUUAGUUGAAGACGAAAAACAGUUACUUGAAAAUGAUGCAUGUGAGUUGAUAGAUACUGGCAACGAGGGAGAUGAGAAACUUGAAUCAUCUAGCCACAAUGUAGUCUGUAAGUCACUACCAUCAGAAGGAGAAAAGCAAGAAACCGAAACAGGAAAGGAACCAACCAAGAAACUUUCUGCAGCUGCACCACCCUUUAAUCCAUCCACAAUUCCAGUUUUUGGCUCUGUUCCCGUUCCGGGUUUCAAAGAUCAUGGAGGUAUUUUGCCCCCACCAGUAAAUAUUGCUCCUUUGCUUCCAGUCAGUCCCCGCAGAUCUCCGCAUCAGUCAGCUACGGCUAGAGUUCCAUAUGGUCCACGAAUAUCUGGUGGCUAUAACAGAUAUGGGAACCGUGUUCCGCGGAAUAAAACUGUAUUCCUCUCAGGUGAACCUUCCCCUGAUGGUAACCCCAAUAGUCCUCCUAGAAUAAUGAAUCCACAUGCCACAGAGUUUGUACCUGCCCAACAUUGGGUAUCUAAUGGUUAUGUUGUCCCUCCUAACGGAUAUAUGGCUUCUCCAAAUGGCAUUCCAGGGUCUCCUAAUAGUUUUCCCCCAGUGUCUCACAAUGGUACGCCAGUGUCACCAAGUGGAUAUCCUGCUUCUCUAAACGGUAUCCAAGUGAAUCAAAAUGGGUUUGCACCAUCUCCAACCAUUUCAACUGAUUCAUCACAAGUUGUGUAUGUUGAAACUGAUCUUGAAAACAAAAGUCAAACUCCGGAUGAGGAAAAUAAAGAUGCUUUUUCAACAGAUGGGUGUUCUGAGAAUAAUCUUGUUGAGCAAAAUCCUCAAGAACUAUCUGCCAGCAAUGAAAAUUCUAAUCCUAAAGUAGAAGAAAGGCAGGCAGAUCUCAGCCCACCAUCUGCUUUUAGUACCGCAGAUAAAGUAACCAAAAAGGAGGCAGUAGAUCAGACAACGCAAAACAAGUGUUGGGGAGACUACAGUGACAGUGAAGCUGAUAUGAUUGAGGUCUCAAGUUAA